AUGGCCAGUGUUCUUGCAGUCACAGUGAGCUUAAACGUCUUUAAAAGAACGUCAUCAAGACUUCGACCAAACUUCAUCGACGUCUGCAAGCCAGCGAGCUUAGACCAAUUGUGUCCAUUAGGCUCCAACGCCUUUGUUGAAGACUUUGUAUGCACCGGAGAAUCAGAUGCUGGCCUUCAUUUCUCAUUCCCAUCCGGACACGCGGCACAUUCAAUAUUCUUUGCAACUUUUAUCAUCAGCCUCAUUCACGUGCGCUCAAAAUUGCCAAUUCUUGCAAAAAUCUACCUACAAUUUGCCAUCUUCGUGUUCACCGUCUUCGUGUGCCUUUCGAGGGUUAGAGACUAUCGUCAUCGAUAUGUCGAUGUGGCUGGCGGCGGUCUCCUUGGUUUCACAAUUGGAAUGGGAUUGGUCGAGCUUGUUAUAAAGGGUCUCGAUGCUCCCAAAUAUAUAAUCGUCGACAACGCCUCUUUGCAACCGAUCAAAAGUCAAGCUCCAAGCUAUUCCUCAAUUCGUUGA